CCUCACAACAACUCGGAGGACAGCGCGGCGUGACGAGAGGCGACGGCGUUUCGACUUUCUUUCGGAAAACCCGGGCCCCGAAGUGUGUGUGCGAUGUUUCCUAAGGCCAAGAUAAAGAGGUUCAACGAGGAAGUAGGUUGUGCUCCUCCUCCAACAAAAUACAACCCAAAAAUUGACAAGAACACGGGUGCAGCUGUGACCCUAACCAGAUCCGAGAGGUGGAAGAAUAGCAAAGAGGUCACACCAGGGCCAGGAGCUUAUUGCACUCAGAGUAACUCCCCCAACCAGAAGAGGUCUACGUCGUCAUCCCGUCUCAAUUCGUCAACAUGUUCCAGCAGUUCAUCAGUGUCAGGAGGCGGGGUGUUUCUCAGUCCACCAAAACACACACGACUUUCCCGCUCUGCUUCUGCAAAGUCUGUACACGGGCGAUUAGGGGACAGAGAUGCCCGAGGGGACGAGCUACAAGAUCAAAUUCGAGAGCUUACGCAGGAAAGAGAUAGAAUGAAGGUUCUUAUAUCCCAACUAGAAGAUCAGCUGGUGACAUUAAAUAACAGAAUUACUGCAAGUGAAAUAAAGGAAGCUGAACUUGAAAAACUAAAAGGAGAGAAAGGUGAAUUGGAGUUGAAAAUUGCAAAACUUCAUGAAAGUGAGGAGGAGGUCCUGCAGCUAAAACAACAAAAUGAGGAACUGAAAGUACUUUUAGAAAGCAGUAGUGGAGAUAAAGAAGUUGUGGAAUUAAAUGAUCAGAUUCAGUCAGUCAGGAAAGAAUUGACUGAAUCUCAGCAUAUGAUUUCACGUUUGACAGAUGAACGGUCAGGUCUCCAACUGCAAUUGAAGCAGCUAGAGGAGUCUGCAGAGCAGAAAUCUCUCACUGAAGAUGAAGUUCAAAACCUCAAGGAGCAGAUAGACCACCUGACUCUUUUGAGGGAUAACCUUGAAGCAUCUGUCAUGGUAAAGGAUGACUUAAUAGCAGAACUACAACUGCAGUUAGAUGAAGUGGUGGUUGAGGGGCAGAGUUUCCAUGACCAGAUGGAGCUUUAUAAGGCCAAGGCAGAGCAACUGGAAGAAGAGAUCCAAAACAGCUUUGUCGACCGUGAUGAUGCGGAAAAUCGGGUACGCAACAUUGUAGCCAAAUAUGAAGCACUGAUUAAGGAUCAGGUGGAAGAGAGAGAGAUGAACAAAGAAAUACUUGCCAAGAAAGAUAUUGAAAUUGAACUUUUGAAUGGCAGCCUUGCUAAUCUUAAUGUGAAGGUUACAGAAUAUGAAAACACUAUUUCUUCCUUGCAAGAAGAAAUUGGUGAAAGGAAGAGCAAGAUUUCCUGCCUUGAAACCACUGUCUCUGACCUAAAUAUGAUGACGAAGGAGAAGGAAUUCAUGGAAUCUAUGUUAGAAGAGGAACUUAAUCAAAGAGCACAAGAGGUAAACAAACUAGAACAAAGUAUUCGAGAAGUUGAAACAAAACUUGGUGAAGUUAACAAAGAGAAGGAGAGUGUGGUAGCUACUCUGGAGACAGAAAGGAAACAAACAGCAGAGCUAAAUGAGAGGAUUCAGCACCUUGAAGUGCAGAUAAAGGAAAAAGAGGUGGUGCAGCAGUUCCUAGAAAAAGAAAUUGCAUCACGAGAGGCAGAGGUUUCAGAGUCAUCUGCAAAAAUUAAAACUUUGGAAGAGGAUCUUGAAACUGCUCGUCAAGUAGCUCUUGAUCUCCAGCAAGAUGCAGAAGUUCAACUCAAUCAAGUACUUACACUGAAGGCAACUAUCAGUGCAAAGGAUUAUGAUAUUGAGGCCAAAGAGGAGCUUAUUACAACACUGAAGAAUGAGGUGAGUCAGAAGCUCAACGAAACCAGCAUUUUACAAGGACAAGUAGAGCAACAAAGUAGUGUAACCACUAAGAUUGAGGAGCAGUUAAAUACCAAGGAAACACAGAUUCUGAAGUUAGAUGAAGAGUUGACUUCUGUGAAAGCUGCUCUUCAGUCACGUGAAGAAUCCUUAGCAAACUUGGAAAGUAAAGCAACUCAACUGGAAGAUAAUAAUCAUCAAUUAGAAGAGAAGGUGGUGGAACUAAUGGCUGAGAUUAGUGACAGGGAGGCUGAACAUAUAGCAAGGGUGAAUCGGAUACAAAAUGACCUUGAUGAUUUGGGCAUAAAAUAUUCAGAAUCUUUGUUGGAACAUGAGGCUACACGCAGAGCCCUUACCCAAACUUCAGAAGAGCUGGAAAGGGAGAAUCUUCUUCGUAUGGCUUCGGAGAGAGACAUCCAGACCUUAAAAGAAGAACUUGGCCAUUAUAAAGAAGAACAUAAAACUAUGGAACUCAACUUGAAGGAUCUGGUGCAAAAGUAUACCAACUUGGAAGAUGCUCUUGCCUGUGAGGAAGCUGAAAAUAGAGAUCUGGAGGACCGGUUAGAACGAGAGGUCAAAAAUGCCCAAGAGGCUGCAGCAACAGCUGAGAAGGAAAUUUCCAGCCUUCAGACUUCAAAUGAAGGAUUUUGCACACAGAUUACUCAACUAAAGAUUGACAUGAGGAAGAAAUCUCAAGCAGUAGUGGAGAUGCAACAGUGCAUUGAAGCUUUAAGGGAGGAAAAGCAGCACCUGACAAUUCUUCGUGACAAUCUGGAAACUACAGUAGAAGCCAAGGAAGACUGCAUUGCUCAGUUACAUCUUCAAGUGUCAACUCUUGAGAGAGAAAUGGAAGAGGAGCGUGUAACUUUGAGGUCAAGAAUAGCUGACCUAGAGAACCACCUGAAGGAGACUGAAGACCACCUCAAUAAUUAUAAAACAAAGGUAAUAGACUUGGAAGAUCAAGUAUCUUACCUUGAGGAUGAGAAGAUGAAACUGACCAAGUCCUAUGAGAAACAGCUAGAAGAAAAAUCCUCUUCAGUAACCCAGGCUGCUACAGAAUUAGUGGAAUUAAAGAAAACUUAUGAAGGGUAUGAAGACCAACUGAAGAAUCUUCAGACUUCACUUGUGGAUAAGACCAAUGAGGCAGAUGAACUGAAAGAGAAGUAUUUUGUGGCAAGUCGAACAUUAGAAUCCCACCAGGAAGAAAUGAAGGCUUUAGAAACAAGUUUGGGCAGAUCCAAGCAGGAAGUUGAAGGCAUGAAUAAAACCUUGUCCUCAAAGGACACUAUGUUAGAUGACCUUAACACUACCUUGGGCAGCAAACGUGAAGAAAUUCAGUCGCUAUAUAAGAGCCUUGAGGAGAAACAGUCAGCACUCGUGAAAUGUGAGACUCGUAUUCAACAACUGGAAGAGAAUGAGGAAAAACUUGCUCAAGACAAAGAAGAGGCUGCUCUUACUAUAUCAACCCUUAAGGAGUCCCUUGAUAACACCAAAAAACGUUUAUCCAGAUUGGAGAUUGUACACAAAGAAGAGAAGGAAGCUGAAGUGUCAAGGGUAACUUCUACUUUAGAAGGUGAUUUAAAAGAACUGAGAGAUACUAAUGCAGAACUUCUUGAAGAGUUGAAUUCCUGGAAGAGCAAGUUCCAACAUCUUGAAAAGAUGAUUGAACCAUUCAGAAUUGACAUGAGGAAGAAAUCUCAAGCAGUAGUGGAGAUGCAACAGUGCAUUGAAGCUUUAAGGGAGGAAAAGCAGCACCUGACAAUUCUUCGUGACAAUCUGGAAACUACAGUAGAAGCCAAGGAAGACUGCAUUGCUCAGUUACAUCUUCAAGUGUCAACUCUUGAGAGAGAAAUGGAAGAGGAGCGUGUAACUUUGAGGUCAAGAAUAGCUGACCUAGAGAACCACCUGAAGGAGACUGAAGACCACCUCAAUAAUUAUAAAACAAAGGUAAUAGACUUGGAAGAUCAAGUAUCUUACCUUGAGGAUGAGAAGAUGAAACUGACCAAGUCCUAUGAGAAACAGCUAGAAGAAAAAUCCUCUUCAGUAACCCAGGCUGCUACAGAAUUAGUGGAAUUAAAGAAAACUUAUGAAGGGUAUGAAGACCAACUGAAGAAUCUUCAGACUUCACUUGUGGAUAAGACCAAUGAGGCAGAUGAACUGAAAGAGAAGUAUUUUGCGGCAAGUCGAACAUUAGAAUCCCACCAGGAAGAAAUGAAGGCUUUAGAAACAAGUUUGGGCAGAUCCAAGCAGGAAGUUGAAGGCAUGAAUAAAACCUUGUCCUCAAAGGACACUAUGUUAGACGACCUUAACACUACCUUGGGCAGCAAACGUGAAGAAAUUCAGUCGCUAUAUAAGGAAGUGUUCAAGCUACGUCAAGAAACAGAACGUCAGCGAAAGACUGUCAAGAGAUUAGAAGAAAAGAUGUUACGAUUGAGUGGAUCUACAAGUCGCCUCAAUGAUACAUCUAGGAUGUUGGGAGAUAAGGAAAACUCAUUUUAUGCCGGGGCAGGAGCUCCAGCUAUGUCAUCCACGCCACUUAAACCUAUCGUCACACUACACAUCAUAACCAUUGUCAAAGUUUUUACCCAUCACUAUUGGCAAAAAUUAGUAGCUUCAAGAUCCCAGAACUGUAAAGUAAAAGUAGGACAUUACCUGUUAGGGUGCCUUCUGCAACCUGAGCCUGGUUUUGAGUUUCCUCAAAAUUUGAGAAGAAUCACUGGGAGCAAACUUUCAGACAAGCCCAAGGCACAAAGUCCAGUGUGUACUUGGCCAGACUGA